AUGAACUCUAGCAAGUCAUUAAUUGUUCCCAUUUCGAGAGUAUUGGGAAGAAGUGAAGAAGAACAGGAAGAUUCCGUAAAAUCUAACUCUGUUGCUCUGAUCAUCCUCUACUUUUUGUCAAGUGGUUUUUCCAUGGAAUGUUUCAUGAGUGACAGUGAGAGUGGAAGCGACAGAAUGGAGGAAUCGAGUGGCGUGUGGUGGUGCGUUUCAGCAGUGAAGAUGAUAGUGGAGUCCAUAAAGAUCAUAGCCUGCAACAAAGUGGUGUUCGCAUCAAUUAUGCUUCUCACCGCUCUCCCUCUCUCUACGCUCCUAAUUUCCCAAUCCAUCUACACCCACUCCCUCAACUCGCAAAUUCACCAUCUCGAGGCUCUCGCACGCUUCGCCCCCACACGCUUCGAGGCUCGACACGUGUGGCACCAGUCCCGCCACGACGCCCUUUCCCUCCUCCGCAUUAAGGCCCUCUUCUCCCUCCCCUCCUACCUCCUCUCCCUCACCGCCGCCCUCUCAUCAGUCCACUCCACCCGCCUCGCCCUCCACGCCACCGCCACCGCCACCCCCUCCCUUCUCUCCGCCGCCCUCCGCCUCUUCGCCACCACCAUCUUCGUCUACGUCAUCCUCUUCGCCUUCUCGCCCCUCCCUCGCUUCCUUGCCGCCCUCGCCCCCUCCACCACGGCCAGGAUCCUCCUCCUCGCCGCCGGGUCUGCCCUCGAGAUCUACCUCAUGGCCGUCAUGAACGUCGCCCUGGUAGUCUCCGUCGCCGAAGAGAGGUUCGGGUGGGACGCCAUUAGGGUCGGAUCUGGCCUCAUGGAGGGGAGCCGGGUCUGCGGGUGGGCUUUAUCGGGUCUGUUCGUGCUCGGGUCGAGUCUGAUCGGGUCGAAGAUGGAGCUGUUGAUGGAGGGUGAGGAUUGGAUGAAGGUUGAGGAUAAAGCGAGUGUGAUAGUUUGGUACGGUAUGUUAGUGUUGUGGAGUUACGUGAUUAUGACCGUCUUUUACUCUGACUGUAGAAAACGCCAUCCUAUUAGGGAACCCCAACCAGAUGAACUGCAACUAUCUGUAACGUAA